AUGACGUCCACAAUCGGCAUCCCCAUCAAGCUUCUCAAUGAGGCCCAGGGUCACAUCAUCACCCUGGAGCUCGACUCGGGCACCACCUACCGCGGCAAGUUGAUCGAAGCCGAGGACAACAUGAACAUCCAGCUCAAAGACAUCACCGUGACGGCGCGCGACGGCCGUGUCAGCCAUCUGGAACAGGUCUACAUCCGCGGCAGCCACGUGCGCUUCUUCAUCGUGCCAGACAUGCUGCGGUAUGCCGAACCCCUAACCGCCCAGAAUAAGAACCCCACCAGCAGCAGCAAAAACUCAGUAGCUAACGUACGCACCCGCGUCUCUAGGAAUGCGCCCAUGUUCAAGAGUCGGAACGCCCGCGGCCGUGGUGUCGGUUUGGCAAGAGGUCGUGCGACGGUCAGCAGGGCCAGGGCGAGCGGCCGUGGUGGAAGAUAG